AUGAAAUGGCGGCCAAGGGUUUAGCUAGGAAGUUGACGAGAGUGUCGAGAGAGAAGAGGGAUAGACUAGAAGAGAAUGAAUCCCAUCCAAACCGUCCGAGUGUAAUGCCCGGCCAAAAGAGGCUGUUGACUUCUCGACAUCCAGGAAAAAGCGUACAGUAGGCUUACCGAAGGGAGCAACGGCGCGGUAAACCACUGGAACGCGGCUUUGCGAGCUCUUCAUUGGAGGAGGGCGCGCUUCUCGCGGCAAUGUGAAGCCUCUAGAGCGCGAGACGAGAGUCUCUUGAAGAGGUGUGAGAGAUCCUGCGACCGAUGACCGCCAUUCGUUGCAUCCACUCGCUGCCUUCGCUGCAUUCGCUCCAUUCCAUUCCACCUCACCUCACUGACUCGACUCGUCUCCUGCCUUAGCUCAGCUCCCGCUACCGCGGGGACCCAAUGAGCGACGGGUUUCGCUAGCACUGCUGUACUGCCACUGCCCAGCGUGGCACUUGUCCGUUCUUGGCUGGCGCGCUUCCCUCGUUCGGCUUGCACCAAGCGUGGUGCUUACCCGUUCUUUGAGUCGACUCAAAUGGUCGUCUCCUUUCCUCCGCUUUCCAGCCUUGCCAUCGGCCUGCGCCACCAUCGAACCAUCUCGACGUGCACUGUACGAUAGAUAAUUUCCCAACCUUUCCCUCUCGUCAUACUCCAUAAACCGCAGGAGCCCUCUGUAGUCGUAGUCUCUGCUUUCCGUCUAAUUCCCCGACUAAAUCCGACCAUCCGAACAGGAAUAGAAUCAGGGCAGAUCUUUAGCGCGGCAGGCGCUGGUCUAUUAGUGGUACUAGCGUGACUCGUCGCUGCGAUCGAAAUCCGCGUCCGGAAACGGAUACGUCGAUCGCCACCUUCGGCCGCGGCUGACGUUGCUCUACUAGUCUUAGCUCCGCUUCUCACGGCGAGAAGUUCUCGCCAUUCCUUCUAAACCGCCUCGAAAAUUCCGUCUUCGCAGCCUGCGACGUUUUGAGACGCGGGGAGUUGCGUGUCGCCUCAGACGUCCCGAACCUUCUGCACGGCGCGAAUUUGAAGCCGUUCUUCAUGAGUUGCGCGGAAGAUUCCGCCUCCCCCUCCUCUUCCUCCUCCUCCUCCGUCUCCGCCAUCUCCCCUUCCGCGGAGGUUUCCUCCGCGGCAUACGCGGCGGUGCAAGUGCCAGCAGCAGUGGCGGGGGACAGCGCCGGUACCGUUCCCCGCAUAUCGGCGCACGAGCUCGCGCGACGCUUCGUCUUCACGGACCUGCUCGGGCAGGGCGAGUUCGGCCGCGUUUGGCGCUGCCUCGACCGCCAUGGCGGAGCCACCGAGCCGCUCGCGUGCAAGCAGAUCCUGACCGCUCAUCUCACCGCCGCGCAACGGCUGUCGCUGCAUCGCGAGAUCGCGGUGCUCCUACGGCUGCAGGGCCACCCGAACGUGCUGCGGCUACACGCGAUCUGCGAUGUAGACGGCUCGCUGGAGGGAAUUGGCUCGGGCCGAACCGACCCGACUGGUUCGGUUACAAAUCCCCCAGGUUCGGACUCGCUUGGUUCGGGGUGUGACGGUGCUUCUGUCACGAAGCGCGAGCCUGCUGAGCCGGGUGUGUAUCUGAUAACGGAGCUGUGUGCGGGCGGCGACCUGUUUGACCUGGUUGACCGGUUUGACUGCGGCGUUGACGAGCGCACCGCGGCGGGCAUUUUCGUGCAGAUCGCGCGCGCCGUGGAGUGGUGCCAUUUGCACGAUAUAGUCCACCGCGAUAUAAAGCCCGAGAAUGUGCUAAUAACGGGAGGCGCGCCGCCGUCGUCGCCGGCGUCGAGGGGAGCCACUAGCAGACGGAGCAUUUUCGCUAAGAGCGGCGGGAAGUGCGGGCAGUCCCCCUCGUACUCGUCGUGCUCCCCCAUCAGUAUCCCCGCCUCAGCUUUCUGCCCGUCCUGCCCGUCUUUCUGCCCGUCCCCUCCUGCCCAAUGUCGCCUGCGAAGCAACGAUCCCCUGAGUCAACCCACGCCCUCUCUCACCGCCUCUGCCUCCAAUCCCACCUCCAUCCCCGCCUCCUCCUCUUGUUCAUCCUCGUUACAAGACUUUCCGCUUCUCUCCCCUUCCUCCUCCUCCUCCGCCUCCUCGCACUCCUGCCGCUCUUCCUCCCGCUCCUGCUCCUCCUCUCCCUUCCACGCCUCUGCCUCCUCUUCACCCCUUCGCCCCGCCCUCAGUCCACCUCAUUCCAACAGCAACACCGUCCCGUCGCUGCACUCCGACUCGCCGUGGGACUCCGCGUCGCCGCCGCGCGCAGCCGUGUUCCCGUCCAGUCAGAGCGUGCCGUCCUUCGAUGCCGCGUCGCGUGCGGGCCAUUCCAGGCCCAUCCCGCGGCCCAAGCUCCUGAUUCCGCGCGCUUACUCUGCUGCGGAAAGAUCCAACGAGCACGACGCGGACGAAUCCGCGGAGGCGUGUUAUCCGAGCCUGUUUGGUGGGCCUGCCGAGCCUGAGGUUCGGCUGGCGGAUUUUGGCAUGGAGUGUGAGGUCCCUCCAGGUUCGGCGAUCGUGGGCCUGGCUGGGAGCGAACCGUACGAGGCACCUGAAAUGGUGGAGAUGAAACCGUACGACCACCAGGCUGACGUUUGGUCCCUGGGGGUUCUCCUGCACACCCUCCUCUCUGCCACGUGGCCGGAAUUUCCAGAUGGGAAGCGUGAGCUGGUUGCUGAGGAUUUGAUGGUGCCGCCGUGGCCAUCGGUCUCGGAAGACGCGAAGGAUCUGAUCCGUCAGAUGCUGGUGGUUGAUCCGAGUGAACGGCUGGAUAUUCACUGUGUGCUGCAGCACCCGUGGGUGGUGAAAGGGAUGCGGAGGAGGCAGAGAGGGUGGCAGCAGAGGGCCAAUCAGGAGGCUGCAGAAUCUUUUGAGCUGCAGCAGCAAGAGCAGCUGAAGGAACAGCAGCAGCCGCAGCAGCAGCACAAGUCGCACCAAGAGCAGACGCAGCUGCAGCUACAACAGCUAGAGGCUGCAAAGUCCACUGACAUUGCUCCGCUGUAUGCUGCUGUCCCUCCAUUGCCACUCCCAACUACCGAGGUGGCGAGGAAGCGGCGCAGCAGGCGAACGAGCGCACCGCUGGCUCUUAGCAGAGCUGACUCAUGCGGCCGCAUCCCUGCUGAUUGUCGCGUAGCAGAAGCUGUGCAGCAGCUGCAGCAGGAGAUGAGACUGCGGCAACAGGAGCAGCAGCAGAAUGGCAUAUCCAGCAGCACUUGAAGCAACCGAGGGAGGCACGUGGCUUGCCCCCCUUGUCGCCCAUAACCGAUCCUGCUCCGAAACAGCAGUCACUUUCCAGACGCCCACCACUACCACUGCAGCUGCCACGGCAACCACUGCUUGUUGUGCAGCCAUAACCAUUGGCGGGUGGGCUGGUCUGUACUGUGAAUGUACCAUUGUCACUGAACUUGAUGGAAGGAUCUGCCUCCUCACAUUCGGUGAGAAAUACCAUAUGCAUACAACAACCCAAUUGUUGGAAAUACAAAUGCAUGGGUUUAUGAAGUACUGUUAUGGGUUGUAGUGAUGUGAGAAUGCUAGAAUGGGGUACGAAGGGCCAAGUCUAUGCAUAAGUGGUUCUAGAAUUAUUGAGGUUAGCUUGACUCCAUUAUUGCCCCUCCAUUAUUGUUUUGGCAUUAUGGGUAUAGGGGGUCAAGCACUUUGGAGUGCAUUAUGCUUCUCUUUGCGAGGCUAAAGGGGCUCUUGGAGGAGUCUAGAGAGUACCAUAAAAGCCUGGAUAUAAGACCCCUAUGUCUGAUCAUAUACUGGGGUGAAAAAAUGGAAAGUUGCUUAUAAACGGAACAAAAUGAA